UCCUCAGAUAAGCAGCAUCUCCAGCAAUGUUUGGAGGAGGGUCUUCGUAUGGCAGAUGGCAAUAACUUUCAAGCGAUCUCAAUUCCGUGUGUUGGCACAGGAGGAUACGGCUUAACCGGAGCGGACUCAGCCCAACUGACGUUCAAAGCGCUAAACGCAUUCAGCGCCCGCUGUAAAACUAUUCAAAAAGUAAGAGUAGUUGUGUUCCAGGCCUCUAUGAUGCAGGAGUUUCUACAAGAGCAGAAACAACCAGUGCAAGAUAUUGAAGAAGACAGUGACUCAGAGAAUGCAGCGGCUAGGCAAACCAGAAGACGCGGACAUAGGCAGGUACUAGGCCAAAGUGAUGAAUAUUCUGUAAGAAUUUCUGUGAUUGGCAAAGACAAGGUGGGCGUGGGAAAAGCCGUGGAAUCCUUGAAGAAAGGUUUCUCUGACGCUUGUACGAUGGAAAAAGUCGAAAGAGAAAUCGUCAGUCAGCUUUCCGAUAAGCAGAAAGAUAUCCUGAAAAAAAAAGCUAAAGACCGAGACGUCAAACUUGAAAUUGAGGAUGACGUGGAUCGCAUUGUCGUUCGUGGUGGACCAACCGAAGUAUAUGAAAUAGUCGGGGAGAUCUGGAAAGAGAUCAGCGAGAGGACGAAAAAGAAGCAGGAGGAAGAACAAGCGAAGUUGGUUUCAAAGAACGUAGAGUGGAGCUAUGAAAUACGGGGCACAAAAAUGGUGUUUGCUCCGAAAGCAAAUGCCAAGAUUGAGUUGGCCCACAGCAAAGACGAGCACACAGUGCAAGUUUCUUUACGCGGAGACAAGUUUGUCAUCGACUUGAAGAGAAACUCUGGACGUGGACAAACGUCUGGUGAACAAACAACACUGACAAGAAAGGUGAAGGGUGCUGAUGAAGGAAUUGCUUUACCAAAGCACUGGGCACCAAUGCCCGGCCAUGACUCUACUGCACAUAAAGUACAACUGCACCAAGGCUACCCUGAGUAUCAAGAUGUCGUACGUAAGUUUCAAGCCACAGCCGGUGCGUUAAAUAUUCAGAAGAUUGAACGCGUACAGAAUCCUCAUCUGUAUCAGUCUUACAUGGUACGAAAACAGAAAAUGGAUAAAGAUACGGGAGGAAAUAGUGAAAGACAGCUGUUUCAUGGAACUGAUGCUAAAAACAUCAACCAUAUCAACACACAAGGAUUCAACAGAAGCAUCUGCGGGGCUCAUGGCACGGCUUAUGGACGUGGUGUUUAUUUCGCCAGAGACGCUCAAUACUCUGUUAAUUACGCUGGGGGUGUUGGUUAUGGAAGUCGCCACAUGUACCUUGCCAAGGUCCUCGUUGGGCAGUAUUGUGUUGGAAAUCGUUCAAUGGUUGUGCCUCCACCAAAAGAUCCAUCAAAACCUGAAAUUCUUUACGAUUCUGUAGUUAAUAACCAAUCAAGCCCCAGCAUCUUUGUUGUUUUCUUUGGUAAUCAGUGUUACCCUGAAUACCUUAUAACCUUUUCAUGACCACAUGGACCUUUUACUCAGAACAUGGCAGAGUUAAAAGCCAAAAAAGCUUGACAAGCUUCAUAGUUUAACUUAGUUUAUCAGUUAUAUAAAUUGCAGAGAAUAGUUAUCCUCCACAGACAAGGGAACAUCAUAUAAAUGUUGGUAAUAGUUUCUCGAUAGAAUUCUUAACUGUCUUAACUCAAAGCUUAUUCUUCAUCUUAUAAAUUGAAUGAUUAUAUCCUUGAAUGCCAAACAAAGUAAAAUCUAGCUGAACGCGUUUUAUCACUACAGUGGAGUUACCACUAGCCUACAGCGUAGGGAAACGCGAGGCGUGCGCGGUGACCACGACAUAGUCGCGUUCCUCGUCCCACGCUUUCACCUCGCGCUUGUCCCGUUUUCUCGCUUGGAAAAGCAAAGAGUUCUGUUGUUCUCAAGUUAAGUUUUUACAAGGAUAUUUUCUUUUUUAUCGCCAGAUUGACAGAUAAUAUUUUUUUGUAUCAAUUUUUUACCCAAGAAACUGGCGAAAGUAGAGAAUCUCGAAAAACAUGUGUACCUUUUUGCUGUGCUUAAUGAGAAUUGAUAGUGAAGUGGCUA